GCGCGCGUACGGUGUUUCCGCCAGUGACGUAGUCUCAUCUGCGAGAGCGCGCACGGUGUCUCCGCCAGUGACGUUGGGGUCUGCGAGCGCGCGCCCGUUCCUCCAGUGCAUCACCCGGAGACAGCAGCGGGAUCCCGGCGGCGGCUCAGUUAGUCAGGGAGGCCUUUUGCCAGCCACUUGACCGACCUUUUGCUUGAAGGCGACACGAACACUGACCAAUGUCGGACGGAAACGAAGACGUCCCGACGUCUGAGGAGACGCUGGCGGAAGAGCAGGAGGUUCAGGACAAAAUGAUCAAUCCAGAGAAAGCAGAAGAGGCCAAACUGAAAGCCAGAUACCCAAAUCUGGGGAAUAAACCUGGGGGCUCAGAUCUGCUUCGUAAACGGCUUCAGAAGGGGCAAAAGUACUUUGAUUCGGGCGACUACAACAUGGCCAAAGCCAAGAUAAAGAACAAGCAGCUGCCGACAGCAGCGGCACCCGAGAAGACCGAGAUCACGGGGGACCACAUCCCAACACCCCAGGACCUGCCCCAGAGGAAACCCUCCCUCGUGGCCAGUAAACUGGCAGGCUGAUGGCUCGCUGUGUGCACCCCCAUCCUAUCACGAGCUUGUAACAUGACCUCUCCUGCCCCCUCACAGGACCCCCUGUUUACCCACUCAGCAGGAAAUGUCUUUCUCCCUUUCAAAUUCUUUUACCUUCCCUCGACUCCACUGGCUACAUACCCAGCUCUUGUGUCACACCCUCAUUGCCGUGUAUAUUUCCAUUUGUCUCUUUUCUUCUCAUGUAAGAUACACUGAAUGACAGCACGUCAACGAGGGCUAAAUGCCUCAAGGCGUGGGAGUGUGUGUUUGUGUAUAUACUAGUACAUUUCAUUUUGUUAGGCUUGGGGGCAGUCAUCAGCCUUUUAGCAUUUUAAAUCCAGUUUGUAUUAUCAAUGGGUGUAUUCUCUUAAUUAAUCCAGGGUCUCCCCCAAAUUUAGAACUCUACUUCCUCCCCAGAUUCCAAACUUUAUGAAAAUGGAACCUCAGUUCACAUCGAAAUAUUGUAUAGUUUAUGGCACUAAGCUUCAGUUGAUGAGCAGUCUUUUCCAUUGAUGUGAAACGCUCAGUUUUCUCAGAAUGUUGUUUGCUGCAUCUUUGUUUUUUUUUUGCUCUAAAUUAACCCUGAGGAAUGCCUCCCAAAGAAAGUUAAGUGUCGAUAUGAACAUACCUCACGAAAUUGAAUGCUUUUAUUUCCUUUUCUCCCUCAACAAAACAUUUCUCAAUGGAACUCAAAGCUUUGGGCAUUUCUGCCAUGCUGAAGUGGCAGCAUGGCAAGAUUUCCCAAAAAUCCUCAGUCUGCUUGAAAUAGAGACCUAAACCCAUGUACACCCACCAAGAAUUUUGAGCGUCAGAUAAUGGGAUAUGGAGAAAUCAUGUUUUUUUUUGGGUCAGGGAAAAAAGUGUUUUGGGGAAGAUUUCUGUAUUAUAUCCUAUCAAAAAUGCCUUCAAAUUUGUGUAAAACAGUACAACUUUUCUAUUUUUUCUGCUGCUUGGGGAACCCCCCCGGGUCUCCCAAGUUCAGUCAAAGAUAUCCCCCAGUAAGCUCGUACAGGCCAUGGAUUCUGAAGGGUUCUCAUGUCGGUGUAAAAAUAACUGACGUUUCAAAUAACGUCACUUGCCUUAAAAACUCAACUUAAAUAGUGCAAAUGGAACAUUCGUGAGAAGGUUAAAUAGUAGAAUAAGCCAUGUAUGUCAGUAUUCUUUUUUUUUUUUUUUUUUUUUCUUCAUCCUGUAUUUAUUUGUCGUGGAGGAUUUUGUAAGUGUUUCAAGUGCUCAUUCCGUGUUUUGGGGGAAAUUCCACAAAGAUGACAGACUGGUCAAGGAAGGGCGGGGGGGCUCCUGGCCAGGUCCACUCACGUCAACCAGUCUAUCCACGGCCUCUGGUGCGCGCUUGAUUCUGGGUGUCGACACCGGUUGUAUGGUUUUGCUUUAUUCUGGGGCUGGAGCGGAUGGACUGAUUAUUUCUAUUUUUAAUGGGAAAAGUCGCUUCGGUUCGCAAACAGUGUUGGGAAGAUAUUGUUCAUGUACUGAGGUUCCAUUUUACAUUGUCAUUACUCACUACAUCUGCGCACACUGUAUAUAAACUAAUAAAGAAGCAAAUAUACUCCAAUUUCA